UUAUGCAAAACACGAAUAAUGACAGGCGAGCACGCCAACAGGCAGUGAAUCACACUCGGGGAGUCGCACCCCCACCCCGCGCCAACCCCGAAAUAUGUUGCGGGGAUUGCGAAUCAAUGGGGUCUCGCCAGCCAACAAGUACCUCGAUCGUGCGUGCGGCAAAAAUUUGCUGCACAGCCCCCGAGACAAAGCAACAACAACACAGCCCCUACCACCACCCCGCGCGCGUCUGCGCCUCCUCGCAGGACCGAACCACCGAUUGCACAACAACGCACCCCCGGUGCAAUCAUUCCCGUUUCGGCGGUCGACCCUGUCGGCCAUGGCCCGUCCGUGCAACGUCGUCGACCCUGAGGAGCACUACCAGCGGCUCGAACGGCUGCUCACUGAGCUCUACCUCGUGCUCAGGACGCUCAUCUGCCAGGGCGGUACCCUGCUGCCUCCGCCCAGUUUUAACUUCCAUCCGCCUCCGCCACCACCACCUACGGAAGGCCGUCCGAGGAAUCCACCUUCACGAAGGGAUGGGUGUGAAGAGAGAAGGAGAAGCAGGAGAGAUCGCGAAGACGAUGACCAGCAACAGUCUGGAGGCAACAACUACAACACGAGACAAAGAACUAUGUGCGAGGACGACGUCCGAGAUUGUGACGAAGGUUACGCCGACGACGCGUCAGACGGAAGAAACUUUGUCAUCCAAAACAACCGAAGGAACAAUCAGCCUCACAGAGCAGUUUUGAACGAUUUGUCCAGUGCCAUCCUGCAGUCGCUCUCCAUCGCUGAAGACGAAUCUCAUCUCGCGUCGGUGACAUAAAUGACGCAAACGUGUGUUUUUCUUGUACAAUGACCUUUACCUGCAGCACUUGACACACUGCCAAAUUUUUAAAACUGUAAGUCGAUAAAUGUGGUAGUCAUUUACACUUUUGUAACUUUUCAUAUUAAUAAAAUGUUUGUGAAA